CACAUCAUGAGUUGUGAGUCGAUAUUCCAUAUUUGCGGGACUUUUGUUCUCCGGUCAAUCUUGCUAUGAUUCGCCAUCUGGUGUUACCCGAAUAUUGUCCGGCUUCGCGUGAGCCUUGUCCAUAAUCUGACUAUGCACUGUGUUGGAAUUGCCAUGUCGAUCUACACGCUUCCUGUGAGCCCUCUGUGGAAUAUAUGGGGGCUGGGAGGACUUGGACUUCUAGCUGUCAUUUUGUGUCACGGUCUGCUUCGCCAUGUCUAAGCCCUCCCCGCUCGGUCGGCUCCUCCGGGGGUCCUUUGCUUCAUUUGUUUUGCGCGAUUCGUCUGAGAGGCCCCGUAAUUUACUAACUCUCACCCUUCUAGUCGCAAAUAUGCUCAACAAGCUGUCCGGGCAGCCGGAGAGCUACGAAAAAAAGGCUCUCUAUAAAUUCGGACGGACUCUGGGUGCAGGUACAUACGGGAUUGUGCGCGAGGCGGAUGGCACCGACGGACAAAAGGUUGCGGUCAAGAUAAUCCUGAAGAAAAAUGUCCGAGGCAACGAGAGCAUGGUCUACGAUGAGCUUGAGAUGCUGCAAUCACUCCAACAUCCCCACAUUGUCUCUUUUGUCGACUGGUUCGAAUCUAAGGACAAAUUCUAUAUCGUUACACAGCUAGCCACCGGUGGCGAGUUGUUCGACCGGAUCUGCGAGUACGGCAAGUUCACCGAGAAGGAUGCGUCGCAGACCAUCCGCCAGGUGCUUGAUGCCGUGAACUAUCUGCACAAGCGCAACAUCGUUCACCGAGACCUGAAACCCGAGAACCUCCUCUACCUCACCCGUUCCGCCGACUCUCAAUUGGUCUUGGCAGAUUUCGGUAUCGCGAAGAUGCUGCACAGCCCCUCUGAGGUACUGACCAGCAUGGCCGGCUCCUUUGGAUAUGCUGCUCCCGAAGUCAUGCUCAAGCAGGGUCAUGGCAAGGCCGUCGAUAUGUGGUCGCUCGGUGUCAUCACAUAUACCCUCCUGUGUGGCUACUCCCCCUUCCGAUCCGAGAACUUGACCGAUCUCAUCGAAGAGUGCCGGACAGGCCGCAUCAUCUUCCACGAGCGUUACUGGCGCGACGUGUCCCAGGACGCCAAAGAUUUCAUUCUCACUCUCCUGAAUGCGGACCCCAGCAAACGAGUUUCCUCCGAGGAAGCCCUCAAGCACGAAUGGCUGACCGGAAAGACUGCGAGCGACCGUGACUUGCUGCCUGAAAUCCGCACCUACAUUGCACGUGCCCGUCUCCGCCGCGGAAUCGAGAUCGUCAAGCUCGCCAACCGUAUCGAGUCGCUCAAGAUGCACGAGGAGGAGGACGGAGAGGAUAUCCCCAGCCCCAUGGACAUGGGCGAAUCAACCGAAGAGUCAAAUGUGGCGGAACCAUCAGCGCCAAGCGGCGAUGCCGGUCACACCCCUGGCCACGCGAAGAAGAAGAGUCUGGCUAGCGCUGCUCGCGGUGCUAUUUUCCGUGAAGUUGUUCUGGCUAAGGUGCGUGAGCAGAAGGAGGCCGAGGAGCGGGAGAAGGUUGAACGUGAAGCUCGCGAGAAGGCUGCUUCUGCGUAAAUCGUUUACCGUUCUUCUUUGUAUCUGUUUUACAGUUUACGUCUUGUUCAUACGCUAUUCAUGUGCCUAUCCUGCCCUAUACUUCUCUUUUAUCUGCCUGGCGGUUUCUUGGAUAUAAUUCUGUGAUUCCCAUUUUUCCUAGUCAAUCAAAGUGGACAUACUAUUUUCAAGUAA